AUGACAUUUCAUCAUUGUUUUGCAGAUUUAACAGUCAUGAUUGGCCAUCAUGGUCAUAAAGUGAUGAGUUCGGUACAGUCUGCGCGUAAAAGACUUGCCAAUAUGCCAAAGGUUCUUCAAGCUUGUCACAAUGAGGCUAUAAUAUAUGGAAAAUGCGUUAGCCAAAAGGAAAACUUGGGCCAUAACAAUUGUUUAAAGGAAUUUAAUGCCUUAGCCGAAUGUGCUAGAGCUACGUACAGCGUCUUAUAUUGCCUUUAUGCUCCGUUUGCAUCAUACCUCAUGGCGAUAUGCGAGAAGAAACAAUUGUCAUCAACGUCCACACGUUACUUGAAAUAA